AUCUCAAUGUAUUUGGGAAGAGGAAGGGUUAGGUUGGCAUAUGGGCAGAGGAGGUUUGUUAAAUGAAAGGAGGUUAGUUAUUAGUCAGGUUAGCUAGAUGAAACCUCCAUGUUCUGAGGGGGCAUACUUCUUAAUGCCAGCUGCUGGGGGGGGGGGCAGAUAUUAAGGGAAGCCUUUGUUCCCUAUGUCUGCUUUUCCCUGUGGGCAUUUGACUGCUAGCUGUUGGGAGCAGGUUGCUGUGCCUGAUAACUUUUAAUCUGAUCCUGGAGAGGUUUUCUUAUUUAUUUUUUAAUCGGAGGUGUGUGUUGAGGAAGGUUAGGUAGAAAUGGUAGUGUUUCCUGGAUUGGGGGUGUGGGAAGGAGUGAGAUAGGGAGGCAUGUAUGAGUUUUGAGAACUGGGGUGAAUUUCUUUAUAAUUUAGCUAUGUUUUGUGUGCUGUGUUUUUUUUUUACUAGGAUGGCAUUCUAGCCUAGUGUCAACCCCCCAGAAUGGAAUAGCCAUAGUGGUUAAGAGAUUAAACUGUAUAUUGGGGAUGGGUGUUCCUUCUUCAAAUCCCACCCUUCUACAAGCUCACUGUUGGCUAUUAAGUAAGCACCUGUCUUUCAGCAACAAUGCCCCCCCCUGAUGUGAGCUGUAUGGCUAACAUAGUUUUUCUUUACUAUUUUGCAUGUCUAGUAUAAAAAUCACUAAAGUAAUGUAUUAAAUUACUUUGUAAAAAACAAAACACUUUGCGGGGAGCCCCUACUGUGUCAUUCACCUCCGCUCCCCUAAGCACAGUUUGGUUUCCAAGUGUAGGUGUUAACAGCAGAGAAGGAAGGUGAUCAAAUAAUGGUUGAAUUCUUUUGCUGUAGAGUGGUUUUGAACAAAUAAAGGUAUCUUAUACGGACAACAGGUCCUUGUAGCACAGUAUUUUCUAUUCUGAUUGGUUAAUGGCUCUCCAAGAGGUCUUUCUCAGCAUCUGCUACCUGAUCCUUUAACUGAAGAUGGCCAGGGACUGAAUCUAGGAUCUUCUGAAUGCAGAGCAGGUAAUGUGUUAUCCUUUUCUGGAGUUUGGGUUUCUUUAAGGUCUCCAGGAGAGGCAGUGUGGUCUUGUGUGGAGGCAGCUGAAGCUGGGAGAUGUGAAUUCAGGCACGUCCUGUGCUGUGGUUUAGAGCAAGUUACUGUGUCUCAGCCCCAGUUUUUUCCUCCUGUAAAAUUAAAAUAACAGUGACCUACUUUGCGGGGUGGUUGUGAGGUAGAUACAAUAAAAAUACAACUCAGAUCUGAAAACUAAAAGCUCUUUUAACUGGCACCGAACUGUAGCAGCAGCAGUAUCAUAGGCUUUUGCUUUAAAUAUGGGGGUAGAGAAAUAGAGGGUUUCCUGCACUGGAAUUUUCUUUGGAGCAUUCAGGUGGAUGGCUGGUAUUCAGUUGCUGAUUGUUUUAGAUGCUGAACUAUCUCAGUUGGGUGCCCAGUAGUAAAUUUUACCUUAAGUAGAUACUCCUAAAGUAAAAUAGAGCUGAGGUAAGAAGGGGUGCUAACAUCCUGAAAAUAACAUUGCGGAAUAGAAGAUGUUAUAAUAAAAGAGUCAUACAAUUGGAAAUGGAGGAGGCAGAAGCCAUGUCCUAGGGUAGAAGUCAGGGAUGGCACAUUUGUAGAGGAAAGAAACUAGUUUUCAUGAUCAGAACAGAGGGUGUGCUUCAUGGUAGAAAGGUAGCACCUGGAGGCAGAGGAGAAUCCUACCAAAAUAUAGUUGAAAGGGAAUAAUGUCAUUUAUUAUUAGUCUCUGUCUACCACACACACACACACCGCACCCCAUUCCUGGCCCACUUUUUAACUUCCGCUGCACUUUGUUUUUCACCCAGUGGUUGUUAUUGUGCAGCCAGGAUCAAGAUGCAGUUGACAUUAGUUGUGGUUUGAGGGGCUUCCGUUUGGGAUGUAUGAAUUCUUGCUGGAAUUAUAGAUAGAAACAUGGGGAUUACAAUUUUUAAAAUGCUUAUGCAGUUUCUCAUCUUUGUAUAGCCAAAGCAGACAUGAGGCUAAUUUGAUUCAUUUUUUCUGACCUACAGAGAGUCUUGGAAUUGCCCUGUAAUGCAUUUUUAUACUUAAGGAAGAGUUCUGUCAUCUUUAUCAGUGAAUUGUGCUAGCGUUGGCAUAUUUAUUUUAAGGAAUAUUGCUUAAUUAUUUAUCUUUCAUUCUAAUGCUCAGGAUAAUUUUAAAUCCCUUUUAAAAGUUGCUUGGGAAGUGAUUAUCUUAUAAAAUGCCAAAGUGACCUUACCUUCAUUUGUCACUGAUACAAUAAUCAACUUUCCUCUUAGGGCUUAUCAACAAUACAUGCACAUCCUUCUGUAUUUUUUGCAUCUGAGAACUAAUCAAGGCAUUUUAAAAAUUACACACAGUUUGACAGAGGAAAUGUACAGUAUACAAAUCUGUUGAUUUAAUUACUCUACCUUUCCCUGUCAUAAUAGGUUAACUUUGUUAAUAAAGCUAUGUUCCAGAUUCCAUGAAUGACGGCAAAGUUGUGGACUUCCAUUGUGCAAGAAUACAGAUUUUUGCAGCUGUUAUUAGAGCUGUAACCAGUUCUCUAUAUGUGCAUAUAAGCACACUUCAAAAUGAAAGAUUCACAAAAUAAAAGUUAAAACUAAUUUUAAAGAAAAACGGAGCUGUUUCUGUGUAUCUUCACACCAAGUCUCUGAGAUAGUCAAGGUUAAGACUGGCCAGGGGUUACGCAAUGAGCUUCUCAUCUUGGGUCCAAGUCUGACACUUGAGGCACUUCAUGGCAAAGUCUCCUACCUCUGUUUCCCCCCGUCAAUUAGUUUUGUUGAGCAAAAUGGGUUGCCAAGCCCGGAAGCGUAUGCCUGCAUUAUGAAAGCAAUUGUCUUUCUUAUAAAACCUGUAUAUAAAUAACUAAAAGCACCUUUAAUCUUAAGGCAAACAUCAAAGUCUUUUUUUCUUUUCUGUACCAAGAUUUUCUACCUUGCUAGUUUAGAAGGCUGAAGUUGGUUUUACUUUCAAGUUCUUUUUUGAAACAUGAGUGCUGUGGCGCAUUUGACUACUGGUUUAAAUAUAUGACACACAGGAAAUAAUUCUUGCAUAAGGAAAUGAAAAGCAGUCCUUGACUUGUAACUCUGCUCUUCACUUCUGGUUUUCAGGACAGAAGUAGGGGUCGCAGCAUUUUGUAAAAUGGCAGCUAAUUACUUAAUCUUGCGUCAGGACUGCAUUUGGUUAAGGCCUGCUCUAUUUGUGUUACAAAUACCUGCUUUUUCACCAGUCAAAGUUGAAAUGCUGGCAUUUUAAUUCUUUUAAUUUCCCCCCCCCAUUAUUCAGACUUUUAUUGUUUAUAUUAUUUAAAACGAAUAUAAUAGAGAUUCUGCAAAGCCCACCUGUCUUCUUUCCACACCCAAGCUCCCCAAUUUUUUUUAGGAGGGGGCGGUUUAACAAGCAGUGUGGUUACCAGAAAGGCAGCUAGGAAUAAUGUAAAAGAAGAAAAACGGAAAUGGACUUCAGGAAAGAGAGAAAGGGACAUUGUACUACCAAAAAAGUCAGUUAACAUAUGGGUUGAUUAUUCAAAAAGAUAGAAUGCCACCUAUAAUGGUGAGAAACCCUCUGACACGUUCACGUUUAUAUGGCAAGAUUUUCUCUAAGCUCUCAGUAAUUGCACCGGUACUUUUGGUGUUAUACCAUCACCGUGCCAGCAGAAUGCCACCUAUUGUGCAUUGGUGUACUAGCUGGUGUGUUCUCCCAAGCACUUAAUGUUAAGGGAAAUUCUUGGAUUGGACUCUGAAUAAAUCUGAUGCUGAUGUGGGACUUCAUGUCCUUUCAUCCCGUCGGGCCUAUAUUUCCUUAAUCCUCUGCAGCUGCUGACUUUGCAAUUUACAGUUGGCUGAAGGAGCAAGGCUAAUGACUUUCUUCUGUCUUGUUUUUUCUGGAUUGCUCUGAGGUCCUUCACUGAGAGAUACUGUAGGAAAUGUACUUCCCGCCUGUCAGGGCAGCAGAGAUCCGGCUUCGGUGAGUGGCUUCCACAUGGUGGAAUAACAGUGUGGCAAGCCGGAAAUUGUCAGCUACCAUGCGUUCACGUGGUAGUGUUAAGCGGCUGCAAUGGACCUGCCAAGAGGCGUUGAGUGUAAAAGUUCCUCGUAAUUUUCGGCUGUUGGAAGAACUUGAAGAAGGCCAGAAAGGGGUAGGUGAUGGGACAGUUAGCUGGGGUCUUGAAGAUGACGAAGAUAUGACGCUUACAAGAUGGACAGGCAUGAUCAUUGGGCCUCCAAGAACAAUUUAUGAAAACAGAAUAUACAGCCUUAAAAUAGAAUGUGGGCCUAAAUAUCCAGAAGCACCUCCGUUUGUAAGAUUUGUAACAAAAAUUAAUAUGAAUGGAGUAAAUAGUUCUAAUGGAGUGGUGGAUCCCAGAGCCAUAUCAGUUCUAGCAAAAUGGCAGAAUUCUUAUAGUAUCAAAGUUGUUCUGCAAGAGCUGCGGCGUCUAAUGAUGUCUAAAGAAAAUAUGAAACUCCCUCAACCACCCGAAGGACAAUGUUACAGUAAUUAAUGAAAGCAAACAGGAAAAAAAAUCAUGCCCCUUCAUUCAAUUUAAGCUCUCUUCAUUUUCCACAGUAGUAAAUUUUCUAGGUGCAUCUUGUAGACCUCCAAGUACUGGAAAGAAAGUUCCCAUGCAAAGAAAAGCCUCUCUUGACAUACUGUAAAUGAUACUAAUUUUUUUUUUAUUUUGAAAAUAAGUUGUGCUAUAACAAAUAAUCCUGUCAUGUGUAACCACUGUCCACAUAGUUGAACUUCUGGUAUCAAGAAAAGCCUGUUUAAAUUUAUUAACUGUCAAGACCAGUGUGGCACAUUGAACUCAACUGUGAAAAAAGCAUACGUCACACAAUCACAUAGCUGUGUGCUCGGCCGGGAUUUCUCUCUCUUCUCUCUGCGCAUCCCCUACCCCCCAGCCCCAGCCUUUCUCUCUUUCUCUUAUUUGCAAUGGAGUGGGUGCUCAGGGCUGUUUAUUAGAGUAGACAUGAAGGGCACACAGUCUGCAAGGAAGCUUCCUUGCCCUGGCUCCUCCUGUGAAAGAACAGGGGCUGUGGAAUUUGGGCAGCCUGCCGUUCUUUCUAACAGAGCUCGGGCAGGGGUACUUCUGGCAAGGGAUUCUGCCUGAAGGCUUCGAUUCCCAGUUCUGCGCUGGGCUUUAUAGGACUACUAAUGGGAUGUGGUGGUAUCUUCAGUCAUCCCUUCCUAUGUAAAGGCUGAAUGUCUCUAGUGUCGGGCGUGUUUUGCUUUUUUAAAUUUGCCCUGUUAAUCUGAGGGCAAGCUCUUCUUUCUUACCUUUGGCAAAGGCACAGAUUGUAUUUCUGCACCAUCCCUUUCCCAAUAACAUGAGCCUUGGGGUGAGAGUUCUUGGGGGUGGGUGCUUUCCAUGUGUCCCUUUUCCCUUCCUGUCAAAGCUGGGGUGCUGCUUUCUUUUUGCCCCUGCUGUGAUGCUUUUACACCCCUGGCCAAAAAGAGUUUCAGUGACUGGCAAAGCUGCCUUUUUUUUUUUUUAAAGCUAUGGAUUUAGUCUUCACCAGCCUGGGAAAAUGAGAGUGUCUGUUUUGGCUUGCCAGCAUCCUUCCCUUCCUGCCCUGUCACUCUGCUUCCAUGCCCACCAGGCUGGCCAUGGCUGAGGUUAUUAGACACAGUGAAAAGAGCAGUCAUUUACUAGGAUCGUUCAAGCCAGCUAAGAGUGGCCAAAUAUUACAGGUGGGGAAGAAGUCUCUAUGUAGAAAUUUGCAGUAAGCCCUCCGGUUCUUCCCCUCUCCACCCCCUAGCUGAAUGUCACUGUCGCCUCUUGAAAGCCUUGUUAACUGCUUGUCUGUGUGUGUGUGUAAAAUGGCCCUAUAACAGACAAAUUGACUCUGUGGAGAGAGGGUUUUGUUGCAACACUCUGGAAGGAUGAGAAACGCCUUCAUAAAGAACAGGACGGCAACACCGUGCAUAGUGGGUUAGGGACCGCCAUUGGCAUUUGCUUCUGGGCAAAUCACUUCCUUUUUGGACUUCUUGUUUUGGACCACUGACUGCUGAAACGUGGAUGCAAGCUUAAAACGCAAACAAUCUAGUGUGCCCUCCUUAAGUUUUAUGGGGAAAAAUUCAGUGUUUGUGUAAAAAAAAAGUCACAUUUAAAAGUAGCAGCUUUCAAGUCAAUGAAUAAUUGAUGUUUCCAUUAACUAUUUUGAAGAAAAUAUUAGUUGUAAGGAUUUAACAUCCUCUGUAAUUAAAAAAAAAUUAACAGUAUUCCAUAAGCAGCCUUUUUAUUGUAUCAGACCAUUGCCUGAUUUUAAUAUAAUAAAAAAGUGUGCAUUAAUAUUA